AUGGAUGUUGGAUGCAGCGGAGUUGUUGUUCUCAUGAUACUGGCAGUAGCAAUAGCAGGAGCAGCAAAGGAGUCUGCUGUGAAUUUAUUAGAGGCUGCGGCACUGCACAAGAGUGGCUGGUGGGGAGACAGCAGUACUACUGCAACAAACAUCUCUGCCCACUGCCAUUGGUAUGGUAUCAUUUGCAACGAUGCUGGUAGUGUUACCGAAAUACUACUUCCGAACUACCGGAUUCACGAUGAGUUGGCAAAUUUCAGCUUCCCUUCUUUUCCGAACCUGAUUAGACUAGACCUCAGCGGGAAUGAACUUUACGGAGCCAUCCCACAUCAAAUAGGUGCACUCUCCAAACUCACCUAUCUCAAUUUGUCUUUCAACUAUCUUUAUGGUGAGCUCCCGUCUUCUCUAGUAAACCUUACGCAACUAGCACAACUCGAUGUUUCUUGGAAUUCGAUUGACAGCUUAAAUCCUCCGGGGAUUGGAAACUUGACAAACUUGGUUACUCUAGACUUGAGCUACAAUUCGCUUUUUGGUCCCAUCCCUUCCACUCUUGGCCAAUUGUCUAAUUUAGAUUCCCUUGACCUCAGCAAUAACCACUUCAGUGAGACAAUUCCUUCAACUCUUUUUAAUUUGACAAAUCUUUCCCAACUAGACAUUCACUGGAAUCCCGCAAUGAGAGGAUUUCUUUCAGAAGAAAUAGGAAAUUUGAAGAGUUUAGUUGAAUUAGACUUGAGUCACGGUGCAUUUUCUGGCAGCAUCCCUCCAAGUCUUGGCCAGCUGUCCAAUCUACACUCCCUUGACCUCAGCACUAACCACUUCAGCGGGACAAUUCCUUCAGCUCUUUUUAAUUUGACAAAUCUUUUCCGACUAGACAUUCACUCGAAUCCGGCAAUGAGAGGAUUCCUAUUUGAAGAGUUUAGUUGA